AUGGCUGAAAUGGAGAUCACUCCCAUGGAUGGUCUUGCAUCGUCUAUUGCUAAACUGUGUUCUAAAAUGGACAGUGUUGUAAAAUCUGUGGAUGCUAACACGUUAUCUUUACAAGACUUGAAACAAAGUUUUGAUGCAACUUCCAAAAAGGUUGAUGAUAACAACUCUGAAAUAGAGUCCCUUAAGGCUGAUAAUAGUAAACUUACACGCUAUAUUGGGAUACUUGAGGGCAGGAUUAACAGGCUCGAACUUAAGUCUGAUCAACAUGAUGAUGACUUGGAAGAUCUAAGACUCCGCAGUAUGCGCUUAAACGUGUGUUUCUACAAUGUUCCUGAACAAAAGGGUGAAGAUGUUAAACUUGUGGUUCUCGGAAUCCUGACCAAGGCAAUGGGUAUACCUAUUGAGGCAAUUCGCUCAUCCUCUAAUCUAGCUGGUUCAGUUAUGAUUGAUGUAGCACAUAGAUUUGGAGGAGGUAGAACAAGGCCUAUUGUUGUACGCUUUUCGGACCGUUCAGGCCAAAUGUUGGUGAUGUCUCAUGCCAAAAACCUAAAAAACAGUUAUGUGAACAUUUCUGACCAACUGCCUAACACAAUGAACAGAAAACAUGUUGCCCAACUUCCCAAGCUAAAAUCGCUACGCUCAGAAAAUAAUGGAGUCCAGGGAUUUAAGGCUCAUCUUAACAGGGGUGUACUUGUGGUUAAUGGAGUAAAGCAAGAUCCAGGGUUUGUGAACAAUCCCCUCGAUCUACAGCUUAAGGAUAUAUCCCCCGACAUAUGCAGGGACGAUAUUGCAGCCUCCAAAGUACACAUGCGUUAUAAUAAUAUCAUCCAAGGGUUUUGCUGCAACGUUGCUGACAAGUCACAAGCGAAAGCAGCCCUGGCUACUCUUAUCAGUGAUUGUGAUGUGAGUAAUGCAGAUCACCUCUCGUAUGCGUACCGAAUAGUUGCUGACUCGGGUCUCCAAGAAGGCAACAAUGAUGACAGAGAUUAUGGCACCAGUAGGAUUAUACUCGACAGAAUGCAAGAACUUAACAUUUUGAAUGCCACCGUUGGCAUUUCACGUGUGAACAAAGGCAAACUCAAUGAUAAAGUCCUAAAAGAACUGGUCCUGGAGAGCUGUAAUGAAGCACUGAGGAAAGCUGGACUCAUACAAGCUUAAUUUCAUGAUCAACGUAUGAUCACCCUAGUUGAUUCUUAGUAAUCAUGGUUAGAUUACUGCAUUGC